AUGUUCUUACAGAGAAAGAUGUCAUCAAAUAGACCAUUAUCUAACCAUGCGCUACAAAACAUAUUAGAAAAUUGGUCGGAUAUUGAUUCGGAAGACGAUGAAGAAAUUUUUGUACCUUCUCCGCGAAAUACAAUUUUAGGACUCCCCAAUGAUGACAUCAUCGAUUGCAGGAUGGCAGAACUCUUUAAGGAUAAUCUACUAAAUGAUAUGGAUAAUGUUUUAGACGGGAUGACUGUGCCUGUGGGCGAAACACUUGCAGAUACUACCUCCGUGAAUCUACCUGAAACAUGUAACACAGGAAGUUUGUCAGGUGCAACUGCCACUGCGUCUUCUUCGUUGAAUUUAUCGAUCACGAGAGAAGAACGAACUUAUAGAGACUGGAAAAUUAAAAACAAAAUUCAUCAGAUACCUCAAUUUAUAUCAAAAUUUAGGCCAAAAAUGUUAUAUUCCCAUAAGAGCCAGCCCCUUGAUUACUUUAGUAAUCUUUUUCCUGACGAAAUAAUAAAUAUGAUUGUAACUGAAACGAAUCGUUAUGCUUCUCAGAAUGAUUGCAGAAACUUUCAACCUACUACUUCAGCAGAAAUAAAGGCGUUUUUGGGUGUGAUGAUUAUGAUGGGAUUACAUCCCUUGCCAGAUUUUGAGCUAUAUUGGUCAUCGGAUCCUUUUUAUAAUAACCCUGAUAUUUCAUCAACAUUCACCUUGAACAGAUUCAAGAAAAUACUACAAAACUUACAUUUAAACGAUAAUAGAACUGAAGAACCGCGAGAUUCCGUAAAUUUUGAUAGGUUACAUAAACUGAGACCACUAAUUGAUCAGUUGAAUGCAAUAUUCUUACAGCAGGCAGAAGAAUCUGGCAUUUAUUCAGUGGACGAGUGUAUGGUAAAAUUUAAAGGUCGGUCUUCUAUGAAACAGUACAUGCCUAUGAAGCCAAUCAAGCGUGGCUAUAUGGUAUGGGCUCGUUGCGAUGCACGUACAGGUUACUUAUAUUGCUUCGAAAUUUAUACAGGUAAAACACACACCUUGGAUGAAGCUGGGUUAGGUUUUACCGUAGUGACUAAUCUGUGUAAGAAUGUACCUCGUGAUUCACUAGUUACAUUUGAUAAUUUCUUCACAAGUUGCAAACUGGUCGAUGUUUUGUAUCAGAAUGGUAUUUUUUCAACCGGAACUGUAAGAAAGACUAGAAGGGGGUUACCCGAAUUUAUGAAGGAAAAGCCACACAGCAAAAAAGAAAAACUAGCAAAAAAUGAAUUUUGUGCAAUGACAAGUGAGCCUAUAGUCGCUGUAAAAUGGUUAGACACAAAAGAAGUGACUGUUCUAACAUCGGCGCAUAAGCAAUCAGAGGUUGCCAUUAUAAAGAGGACCCAAAAAGAUGGUUCAAAGAAAGAAGUUUUCUGUCUAAAAGCGAUAGCAGAUUACACUUUACACAUGGGAGGGGUGGAUCAUUUCGACCACUUUCGGUCAUCAUAUCCAACAGGAAGAAAGUCGAGGAAAUUUUGGAUGCGUUUGUUCUUUUUUAUGCUUGAUGCUGCAGUCAUAAAUGCCUACAUUCUGUUCCUAUCAAAACAUGCCCAACGAGAUUCUGCCCAUCGUGAAUUUAGGCUGCGACUUGCUAGAGAACUCAUUGGCAGUUUUACGUGUAAGAAACAGAGGCCAAUUAUUUUUAAAAAUAAGAAAGGCGGCAACUUUGGCGUCCCUGAUGAAAUUAGGCUUCAAAGUGUAGGUAUACAUUUCCCAGAAGCGCAGCAAACCUAUAAACGGUGCAAGUUCUGCUCGACGAGGAAAGAGACGAAGAGGUCUAAUAUUAAAUGUUCAUUUUGUGGUGUAUCCCUUUGUGUGAAGGGUUGUUUUAAGAAAUUUCAUUUAGCUGAAAAUGAAUAA